AUGAGCCUCGAUUCGCGGCCGACGACUAAUUUCCUGACUACAUCGAAGCCUCCUUCGACAUCGGCGGAUUCGUCCGGGCCGCUCCCCUCUCCGGACGGCGAUCGCAGUCAUGUCACGCAAUUGACGCCGUCGACGACGACAAGACAGACGUCACACGAUGUUGUUCGAGGCCAUGGACCGCAUUCUGGGGCUCACGAUGGAAGCGACAGGACACUGCGAAGGAAGGUGAAAAUAGAGGACGUGGAAGAUGACCAUCGUCCGCCAUAUUUACAUUCCAUGCUGGCUGGCGGCAUCGGCGGCACCAGCGGGGAUAUGUUGAUGCAUUCCCUCGAUACCGUGAAGACGCGACAGCAGGGCGAUCCCCAUAUCCCGCCCAAGUAUACCUCGAUGUCAUCCUCGUACAUGACCAUUUUCCGACAAGAAGGAAUCCGGCGAGGACUAUACAGCGGAGUGACUCCUGCGUUGCUGGGCUCGUUUCCCGGGACGGUGAUUUUCUUUGGGGUCUAUGAGUACACCAAGAGACAUAUGAUCGACGUGGGGAUUGCACCGAGCAUAUCGUAUUUGACUAGUGGUUUUGUUGCCGAUUUGGCUGCCUCAGUCAUCUACGUCCCUUCUGAGGUGUUGAAAACACGUCUUCAGCUUCAGGGGAGGUACAACAACCCCUAUUUCAAUUCCGGGUACAAUUACCGGUCGACAGCCGACGCGUUCCGGACCAUUGUUCGUGAGGAAGGAUUCGGGGCCAUGUUCUACGGCUAUAAGGCGACUCUCUUCCGAGAUCUGCCUUUCUCAGCCCUACAGUUCGCCUUCUACGAGCAGGAACAGAAAUGGGCCAAACAAUGGGUCGGCCACCGGGAUAUCGGUCUUGGUCUGGAAAUUCUGACCGCGACCACGGCCGGUGGCAUGGCAGGGGUCUUGACCUGUCCGCUGGAUGUGGUCAAGACCAGGAUCCAGACCCAGCAGAACCCGGUUACUCCCAAGCCGGUGUCGUCCCCAGCCAAGGAGACAUCAACGAAACCGCCUUCGUCCCACUCCUCCUCCUCCUCUUCAUCAAGUCCUUCCACAGUGCGUACUCCUUCGCGACCUAUUUCGACUUCGUCUCCGUCAACCGCGACGGUCAAGCCUGGCGCUGCCAUACUAGACACGUCGUCUGUGAUCACCGGUCUCAAACUCAUCUACAAGACCGAAGGCGUCUUGGGCUGGUUCCGUGGAGUCGGGCCGCGCGCCUUGUGGACCAGCGUCCAGAGUGGGACAAUGCUGGUGUUGUAUCAAUAUCUACUGAAAAAGCUCGAGUCACUUCAAAGCUUGAAGGACUUGAGCCUGCUAUAA